AACAGCAGGAGUCUUGUUAGUUCGCCAGCUGUUGGACUAAUGCCGUCGCCAUCGAUAAUCGGCUGCGGCUCAAAACUCAAGGAGGCAAGGCGUCCAUCCAGGAUCGAGCAAUCGUCUGUGAAGAACGGCUCGACCAAGAGCCCUGCGAAGCCGGGCUGAUCCCCUGCUCCAGCCGGCUGCUGACUCGACUCCGCCUCUCUCCCCACCCCCCAUCGUCUCCCAUGCUGCAUUUUGUUGCCGCUCUCCUCUCGAUAACCCUUGGCACUUACUUGUGGUUACCCGUUUGGCGAACCUGCGGGUGCUCAAGCACUCGAGCAUGUCCGAGUGCUCUUCUCCCUCCCUCCCUCCCUCCUUUCUCUUUCUUUCCCAUUGCCUCUUGUCUUUGCUUUGUACCUUUUUUCCUUUCUUUCUUUCUUUCAUUCUCUCUUAUGAGUGCUCCUUCUUAUUCUUGCGAUCUAUCUAUUCAUCUCCCUGUGUUUGUGUGUUUCUAUCGAUCUUGUCGUGGCAGCAAAUGUACUCUUCUUCCGCUCUACGUGAUGAGGACUGUUGAUAGAGAAUGUGAGUGUGCGUGGAUCCACCGCGGAAACAUCGCCAUCACUGGGAGGGCAGCGAGAGCAGGAGCAAAGUGGCAAGUCAAUGUGGGAGGGAAAGAAGGAUGGCGAUGAGCCAGACUGGAAGGAAUAAGAGCUUGAGGUACUCGAC